AUGGAAUAUAAAGAAAGUUGCAGCACUUUUAAAAUAUUUUAUUUCUUGAUUAUUUUAAUUUCUGAUUUUUUAUCUCUUUUGUUUCCUUCUCGUUUGUUUAUCGCCUUUUUCUCUUUUUUUUUAGUUCCUUUCUUUCAGUUAUUUUUUUUCUUUUUCUUUCUUUUUUGCAAUUCUUUCGUUAUGUUUAUUUCUUUCUUCCUAUUUUCAUUCAUUGAAUUUCGUUCUUUCUCUCCAUUUUAUAAUUUUUCAGUUUUAGUUUAUUUGUUAAUUCUUUUUUUUUUUUUUUUUUUUUUUUUUUUGCUUUUUCCCGCCAUUUUUUUUCCGGCUACUUUUAUUUUUCUCAACUCUUUUGGCUUUUUCCCGCCAAUAUCCACUUCACACGACGUAGGUGUUUUUGACUAUGCAAUCCCCGUCUUGCUUCCUUCUUUAACGUUUUUGUCAUUUUUUAAAUAUUGGUCGGGCGUUCGUUCGUUCUUUCUUUUCCUUUUUCUUUCUUUCUUUCUUUCUUUCUUUCUUUCUUUCUUUCUUGCCUUCUUUCUUCCUUUUCGUGUGCCAAACGGAAUUUCGCGUUUCGGAAGGUCGUUCGGCCUUUUCACGGUUACUUCACGAGUCAGUAGAAACGAAUGCGAAAGUGCUUGUUGCUGCUCUCUGAUUAAUAUUCCGGCCACACAUCACUGCUCUCUCUCUCUCUCUCUCUCUCUCUCUCUCUCUCUCUCUCUCUCUUCAACAUUUUUAGCAUGCAAGCCACCAGUUCUGUACUCCAUAGACUCAACAGCAAUAAAGUAA